AUGCUGCUUCUAGCGUUCGGCGGCCCGUGGGCAGCCAGGCUGCGCCUUUGCGGGAAGAGGGCGGCGCCGUGGGCCUCAGACGGGUUCCAAAACACCAGGGCGGCUGUUUCCUGGCUGGCCGCCUCCAGCGGUUCCUCGGGGCAGGUCGGCAGCGGUCGCGUAGGGCUGCGGGGAGGCGCGCUGCCUCUCCGGCCUCAGGGACGAGCGCAGAUACUUGUUUGUUGGGAAAGAUAUGUCAGAUGCUUACAUACACAACUUGAAAAAUCAGAAGAUGGAAGACUGAUUUAUACUGGGAAUCAAGCCCGAACAGUAUUUGGUGUGAAGUGUUUCUCUUAUUCUACAAGUGCCAUCAGUCUUGCUUCUCUACCAUACAUUUUUGCACAAAGUAACAUUGUAUUUGGAAGUUUGCCUUUGCAGAUCUUAUUUUAUGGCAUCAUAGGAAGCUUUACAGUGAUCACUCCAGUACUGCUUCACUUUGUGACAAAAGGCUAUGUUGUUCGACUGUACCAUGAGGCCACGACAGACACUUACAAAGCCAUUACUUACAAUGUUGUGCUUUCAGAAACAAGUACAGUGUUCCACCAGAAUGAUGUGAAGAUUCCAGAAAGCACACAUGUAUUCACCACAUUUUAUGCUAAAACAAAAUCAUUAUUAGUUAAUCCAGUGCUCUUUCCAAACCCUCAGGACUAUAACCAUCUAAUGGGUUAUGACAAACCAUUCACCUUUGAUAUGGAAGAAGCUAGUGAAAAGAAACAGUGUCAAGAUGAGAAAUAA